AUGCUUCUUUAUCCUGCUGCGUCCCUCCCCUUCUCUCCUCUCGCCUCUCGAUUUCUGCUUCAUCACCACACCGUCCCAAUGGAUCCGAUAGAGCCGGCAGGCCCGUCUCCGGACCAUCUUACUCCUUCCCAGCCGCGGCCACGACGCGCUUCUGCGGCUGCGAAUCCCUCUACCCAAGAUCGGACGUCAUCCGGGGCCCCGACGACUCGGCCGCGCGCCUCAUCUGUGCGCUCAAACCACUCCAAUCGCUCCUCUAUUCGCCUUUAUCGCCCGCCUUCAUUUACCAACCAACCUUCGUCUCCCGCACUGCAUAGUACGAGUAAUCUCAACCUCAGAAACAAUGGCUCGCGUGCAUCCUUUGCGACUCUCAGUGGGAACCCGCCCGAGGAACCCGAGGGACCUAGUGAUGCGUUCGAAGGCGCCCGUCGCCGCAGCAGCUCGGAGCCCCGUCGAGGACGGUGGUCGGCGCCGAGUCCAGCUGCUCUACCGCGUCUCCAGCCUGGGCAGCAGCCCAUGCGCACUGUGAUGGAGGAGCCUCAAAGCCCUAACAGUGCUCGCCCAACCUUGGAACUCGUCCGACCAGCCCCAGUGCCCGAACAGCCGAAAGAUGGUAAUCGGAAGAAUGUUCUACGAAGGACAAGUGAAGCAGCAUUACAUAGACUCUCCAGGAAUCGAGCUCAGACUGUCGGAGGCCCUUCCCCUCGGCCGGAGAUUGAUUCCCGGGAAUAUGAUUCGCACCUUGUGGACGUUUUGGAUGUCAUCGACCCGGAAGUUUCGGCUCUUACCACUCUUACCAAUGUCCAGAACUCGCUGUUCGUUCCAAACCUAGGCUCUCUUGUGAACCGCAAUCAAACAUAUACACUUUCACCCCCCUCUGGUUUAGAAAGGGACGAGACAACGUCGACAGAAGAAGAUGAAGAGAUGGAAGACAGAAAGGGGCUCGAGCCUGGUGCUCCCUUGGAGAGGCCGAUUACUAGCAUUUCCUCGGUAUUAGAAGAAGGAGAACCUCGCUUUGCCAUACUACCAGAUGGAACCAACCUUGCAGGCUGGUCGCACCAGGAUAUUGAAGAGUUGAAUGACCAUGUACGACAUAUGCUGCACUCGCGUCGCUCAAAAUUCAAGCGAUCGAUGAAAGGAUUCGGUAAAUACGUCUCUAAACCUCUUGGUUUUCUGAUCACACUAUACGCGACUCUCAUUACACUUUUUGGUCUUGCAUGGGUACUCUUUCUUAUCGGUUGGAUCAACGUUGGCGGACGACAGUCAUACAUCAUCAACGUCAUUGACAAUGUACUAGUGGCUCUCUUCGCCAUAAUGGGUGAUGGGCUGGCCCCGUUCCGUGCAGUUGAUACCUACCACAUGAUAUUCAUCGCACAUUACACGUUCACGACUUGGAGGGUUCGCAAAAAGCGCCGGCUUCCAGAUCUGAAAGACAAGAAUGACUUGCCGUCUCGAGGGGAGGCUCAAGCCGAUGCUGAUCUCGAAGCUGGAGAGCUCCCCAAAGAGGACGAGCAUGAGUUCAGCGUGCUCAAUCGUGUGCAGCAGUUGAAACUGCAGCACCACCAAACCAAAUUUGCGAAGUCCCAUACCUUCUACAAACCUCACGAAACCAUAACUCAUCAUGCCUUCCCGCAACGUUUUCUCAUCGCCAUUGUGGUCAUUUUGGACUGCCAUUCACUUCUUCAGAUCGCCCUCGGCGCUUGCACAUGGGGUAUUAGCUACCAUGUACGACCAUUCGCUCUCACCACCGUCAUCCUCUGUUGUUCAAUCACGUGUAACAUCACUGGAGGUGUCCUGAUCACGAUCGGGGACCGAAUGACGCGCAAAAAGGACGUGGUCGAACGAAUGUUCCGCCAGCAACUCACCAGGGAAGCAAUGAAAAAGAUGCAAAAGAAGAGAAGAAAGGAAGAAGAGAAGACCAACGCCGAACAGCCUGGAUCGAUGUCAGAUUCAUCGUCGAACGCCCUCCAGGUUUAUGAGGGUACAUGA